AUGAAAGUAUUCAGAAAGGACGGAUGCCCCAACUGUGAGUCGCUCUUGCAUUUCUCCGGCGACGCCAGCCAAGUGUCAGAGUGCACCUCGCCUUCAUUUGAAGGCUUGGUGGCGUUGGGCCAGGAUAACAAGGGGUCAUGGGUAGCCAGGUGGCUAAGGAUAGAGAGCUUUGUGCCUGGGUUAUACGCCGUCAAGGUGAAUGGGAAGUUGCCGCUAGAUACUGUUGAUUCGUUGGAACAGGCUAAUGUUUACUAUCGACCUCGUGAUGGCACCGCGGAGGACUAA